CGUGUGUUGGCGGAAACUAUGCGCGUUCACAUCCCGACUUGAUCCGUUUGGAGCGAUGAGUUGUAAUGGAUGUUGAUAACGCCGUUUGAAAGUACAGCGUGGGGACCGCGGUGAAACGAUGAGGCAGUCGGUAACAUCGCGGUUACCGGCGUAACGAGGCGGCUCGGCUCGCUUUAUGCGGUGAACAUUUACCGGCGAGGGUUCCAGCCGGCUGGCCGGUGUUCUGGUGUUCCUCCCAGCGGCGGGAGCGGAGCAGUUGUUCAGCUUGGAGCCGCUGAACAAAGAGCUUUUCUUCCCCGGACCAUUGUUACCGUGCAGGGCGCCCGAAACUGAUUCCGAACCGGUUUCGGACGGUUAAAGUAAGCCAACUGUUAGCUUCGGUCCUACAGGCGCGUGCUGCUGAAAUGACUUUAGCCUGGUGUACUUUUAACCAACACACGAUAGGAAGGCUACAUGUUUGUUGCCCAACACUGACUUCUGCUCCCAACUAACUGGAUUAAUGUCGCCCUCACGUCAGUUUAGAUUUACUUUGUGCGAUUUAGAGUAAGAAACUUCCGACGCGCUCGGUGGAGAACGAGCAUGGCUGUAAACAAACUGCUCUCACCAGGGGGAACCUAAACUUACCCAGGAGAGGAAAUGUUCCCUGAUAAUAUACGCUUCUAUUUAUUCAAUUUUAAGGCUUCCUUAUUGUUGAAUGCCAAACAGCAGCCGCUGGUCACCACAGCCUGCUGCUUCGUAAUAAUGGAGCGCGUUUCUCUUUUUCAAAGUAGAUGGAAAGUGGACUUAAAGCUGCUUGAAUACUGUAGUGUCAAAUGUUUCAAUCCUUGAGUUUAUUAUUACUAUGUUUUGUCUGAAGGAUCUUGUGGACUGAUUAAAAGUGGGUCAGACAAACUGACAGGUCUUCAGAAAACCUUGAGAAGUGUUAUUCUGUAAAGGCAGAUGACCGUUCAGACCGAUCCUGGUUCUGGUUCUGCUGGAGGUUUUAUUCAUAUUAAGUGGAGUUGUUGUUCCUUUCCAUAGUCGCCAAAUGAUUGCUCAGUUUAGGUGUUGCUGCAGAGUUAGUGUCUGGAUUUAAUCUGCUGAGAUUAAAUCCAUCUUUACCAAAUGGCAUUUAAACUGAAUUUGGCUACAUUAUGUUAGAAGUGGGAUGUAUGUUCUGGCCUGUAUGCAGGCUUGAAUGUAUGUUGAGGGAUUUGAAUCUGUUUGCAUGCUUGUGUUGUAUUAAAUUUGACAUUUCUGUAAAUUAAUUGGUUCUGUUUGUUUUUAUGAAGAGAUUUCCUGUGAAUUUGUCGCUUUGUAAAUAAGCAAAAGUGAAUUGAUCAAGAAAGUACUGAGACAAUAUGGCUGCUUAAAAGCAGAAUACAGUUGGUAAGGCAUGGAUGAUUACUUUUUGAUGAAUCUGUUUAUCUCAUAAAUAAAAAAUUUAUAUUUAAAAUAAAAAUUGUUGUCAGCUAUGAGAGUAACUUUGUGUUCUUUGAAAUAAUAUUGACGUUGAUAUAAGUAAAGAAGUAUGGAUUGUCAGAUAUUUCAAGGUUGAUAAAUGUCUAUCUAUCUAAUCUGAAAUUUACAGUAUUGAUGUAGAAUAUUAUCUGCUUACCUUUAUUUAAAAAAUAGACUAUUGUCACUGUGAACUAUUCCUACUUCUAUGAAAAUAAUAUACUGAGGUAAAAAAAAAAUACAGAUUAAGACCUUGCUGAAUUUUACAUAGGUUUUAAAUGCUUAUUGAGCAAAAUAUAAUUUUUUUUUUCAUAUUUUAUAUUUUCUGUAACAAGUAUGACAAACUGGCAUUAGCUGCUUGGGUACAGCCUACAGUUAUCUGCUGAACACACAUGCUUGUUAGCAUUAGGAUUGAAAACUGCAAUACCUUAAUAAGAGUGCCGGGUGCUUCUUUAAUUUCCACACCAUGACUGCCUCGGUUUUCUACUUAGAAGGAGGGGAAGGGCAUUGGGUCCUGAUGACAUACUCCUGGAGAUUAUGAUUUGGUUGUUUCAACAAAAUCUUGAAGACUGAGAAGAUGCCUGAGAAAUGGAGGGAAGGUGUUGUGGCGUCUGUUAUUAAGAAGUAUAGAAUUGUGACAGGUAUGGAGGAAAAACCCAUUUGAGUUUUUCAUACAACUCAAGGUAUGAAUUUGUUUUUUUUAUACAACUCCAGGUAUGAGCUGUAUGAAAAAUAGCUCACACUUGUGAAGCUGUGGAACAGAUUAGUGGAAGCCAGACUUGGGUCAGAAGUGAGCAGCAGAACGGUUUCAUGCCAGAAUUACAGAUGCAAGUUUUUUACUUGAAAGAUGCUGAUGGAGUGUACAGAAAAGGCCAGCGAGAGCUGCACUGUGUAUUUCUAGAUUUAGAGAAAACUAAAUCUAGUUUGACAAGGUGCAAGACUCUGUGGAUUAUGAUGUUUGCAGAUAACAUUUUGAUUUGGAGUUAAAGCGGGGAACAGGUAGAGGAAAAGAUGGAGGUGGAGUUAUGAACUGGAAAAGAGAGAAAAGAUGAUUCCUCUUUACUCUUCACUCGGGUCCGGUUUGGACACGUUCAGGGGAGAGACAGUCUGAGUGAAGGUAAAGGAUGCAGAAGACAGGACUAAAUGGAGACAUAUGAUUGGCUGUGGUGACCUCUGAAGAGAAAAACUGAAAGAGAAGAGGAAGGAGAAACCUUUUACUGUAUCUAGAUACCAAUACCUAGAUACAUCUGUCUGCUUUUGGAACCUGUGCCUCUGUAGAUAUGGUGGUGGAGAUGUUUCAUGUAACUUCCCUUCCAGUCCUCCCAGCUGAUUUCUGGUUUUAAGCUGGACCUUUCUCAAUGUUGCUUCUUGCUUAUUAUCUAAAGAUGCUCAGGUGUGUCUGAAGGGCAACAUUUAAAAAGGACUGAGAUCCUGGUUCAUCAGCUACCGGACACACUGACUGUGCUGCAUUUCUAUAUUUGAACACUCUUUCAGAUUCAGGCAGUUGUACGUUGCUGUUGUGUUGACAGGUUUGGGGCGGCCUGUGCUCCAGUCAUGACCUCUGGGAAUGGGAGCACUGACAGCAGCCAGCACAAUGGAGACAGCAAAACAGCUCAGCAGGCCAUAGACAAGUCCCACAUCCUGACGCACCUGAUUGAAGGCUUCGUUAUCCAGGAAGGUGCCGAGCCUUUCCCUGUGGAGCGUCCAUCUUUUUCUAUAGAGAGCCUCCGGAGACGGGCAGCAGAUUCAAAGAUGGAUGGCCUAUCUUCCAAGGAGCUAAAGGCCCAGCAGGAGCCCAUGUUGACCUGUGAACUUUGCGGUAAGGUGGACUUUGCCUACAUCUUCAAAAGAUCCAAGAGGUUCUGCUCCACAGUGUGUGCUAAACGCUACAAUGUGGGAUGCACAAAGAGAAUGGGUCUCUUCCCGAACCGCAGAACCAGCCUAGAGAACCUGAAGAGACGAACGUUGAAUGGGAAUUACAAGAACAGCAGCUUGGACUCUAAAAAGAAGAUUGCGCCCUCUGCUGGUCACGCUGUUCACCCUGCUCACGGAGAGUCCAGUCAGUGUUCAGACCUGUCCGGCUAUAAAAGAGUCCCGUCACCCCCCCUGUCUACGGCCCCUCGGGUUCCUGCGGUGCAGACCCCCGACCUCCCGCCGCAUCCCCACAGCGAUCCGGGUCAGUGGAACAUCCAGGAUGUCUAUGGGUUCAUAUCCUCCCUGCCAGGCUGUCUGGAGAUUGCAGAGGAGUUCCGCUCUCAGGAGAUUGACGGGCAGGCUCUGCUUCUGCUGAAGGAGGACCACCUCAUGGGAACCAUGAACAUCAAACUGGGCCCAGCUCUGAAAAUCUUUGCUCAGAUUAGCAUGCUCAAAGACUCGUAGCUCGUCUCUGUUACUGACCGGACACAGCAGGCCUGCUCAGGAUCUUCAGAUAUCCAUCAUGACCUCAAAGACUCUCUCAGUGUUUCCUCGUCUCACCUCUUACAUGUUCACACUACUUCAGGGACUAAAGGUAUUGUCUGCUGGAGACAGAUGCCGGUUUCAAGAAUCCACAUAGAUUUGGUGACCAUCCAGCAGGUUCACCCCUUGCUUCAGGUCAGCAGCAGUCUGAUGUCUUCACUAAAGACACUUGCUUGAUCAGGAGAUCGGGACUUUCUCUGUGCUGUGUGUGCAAAUGUACUAGCAUGACUGAUGGCUUAACCUGCACAAGUCACUUCGCUGUUAAAAAGCAGAAAACUACUAAAGUAAUGCUGCCUUCCACCGUGGGCUGAUUACAGCCUGCUGGUUCUAACCACCAGUUAGAACCAGCAGGUGGCGGUUGGAAAGUCCCGUCAACCAGCUGUCAGUCUGGUCCCCAUGUCCCAGUCUGUGGACAUGGUGGAGGAGAAAGAGGGUGGGGCUUUUUCUCCCGGCUGUCUUGAGGUAAUGUGUUUGCAUCGGUUUGAUAAUCAUUGCUCUGUCCUGCUGUGUCCUCAGACAAUGUUGGACAUUUCAGGAACAAAGUUUCUUCAGUCACAGUCUGUGUUUUCUCACUGCUUUGUUAAAGUAGCAGUAUGUAACUUUAAAAGAAAAUGUUUUUUUUGUUUGUUUUUUACAUAUUUGUUGAAGCUGUCAGUUUGCCGUGACAGUAUGGUAUGAGGCAACCUGUGAAAAUUUGUUUUAACUCCUCUGCCUUUUCCCAGUGCUGUCUAGGAACAACCAAUCAGAGCUAGGUCUCUCCCCACUUUGCUCUGUGCUAAGAUGCAGCUUCUCCCCGUCAGCAGAGCCUGCUCAGUCCAGUUAGCAUGACUUCCAAUGACGGUGGAUAAACGGUUUUCCUGUAAUAGUAAGUUGUUUCUCCACCGUUAACAUGUUGAACAGCAUUGAUUGACAGCACUAAGACCCUCCUCCUGGCUCUGAUUGGUUGCUUUUAACUGGGAGUGGUGCAUUUCUGCAAAGGCAACAGUAGCACAGGGAAGAGAUGAAGAUCUAUCUUUUCACAGAUUAUCUCUCUCAUAUUAUACUGUAUUUGAACAAAUCGGUAAAAAAAAAAAAUGUAAUUAAAGUUACAUACUGCAGCUUUAAAUCUAACAGUCCUGAAUCAGAACUACGGGGUUUAUAACUCAGAUGGAUGUUUAUGCUGAAGCAAUUUAAAUCUAAACUUCACAAUUAAUAAAAACUGGCUGUAGAGAAGGAAAGGAGUAGAUGUCCCAGGUUAUAAACCGUCAGGAUGGAAUACAAGUGUUUUUGACAUUGACCCAUUGUGGUGACGUUGGGAAAUCUAUCCACCUUUUGGCUAUGGUGAGAGUGAGAGGUGGGGUCGACCCUGGACAGGUUACCAGUCCAUUCCAGGGCAACAUGCAGGACCAGCUAAGCUCCCAGUUCUGUUUCUGGACUGUGGGAGAAAACCUUCUUACUGCAAGGCACAAGCUCUACCAGCCCACAUCUGGAAAUGUUCAGGUUCAUUCUGGAUUCGCUCACAAUCAGACGAUGAUGCAUCCGACAGCUGUUUUCUGCUGCACUCUUAGAAACUGAUCCACAGCUCAGAAUGACACUGAUAAACACUGUGACACACAAGCUGUGAUUAUUUGUUGUAUUGAUUCUUUACUUCUCUGCAUAAUGACAGGAGGGUUACCAAAAUUCUUCAAUAGGACUAAAAAACUGAAGAUUUAAUGUGAAAAUCCUUAAGGUCUGCUUUGCAUCUGGUGUUUAGUCGAUGAAUGGAUGAGUGGUCUGGCUGUAAAAGCUCCGUUCACUUCCUCUGGUGCUGCUCUGAAUCAAUCUGACUCGGAGCAAACAGAUUUUUUUUUUUUCUUUCCCCCAGGCAAUUAUAUGAAAGUCUAUGCACACAAAUGUGACUGCAAUAAGUGCCUGUGGGAGUGGAGAGAUAAAGCUGCCAAAAUCAUGGGUGGGAAUUAGAGAAUACACAAAAGAAGAAGGAGGGAAAAAAAAGACUGCCUGUUCCGUCAUCAAGCCUUUACCAAAGUCACGUGGAACUGAAGCCAGAGAUGCUCUGCUGACAUACCGCUGGAUGCGAAUGGUGACGCUCUCCUCUAGAGUAGACUAUGUUUCAGUCCUUGGACAUGUUCUCUGGCCUUACACACAGAACACACUUUAAUAAAGUCAAUAGAUCUGUU